GGAAAAUACUAGAAGAUAGGCAAUGGAUUUUCUUGAGAUGACUUUGUAGGGUAUUAAAAGAAGAGUGUUACACUGCAGAAAACUCGUAAUGAAGUUGUAAAAGUAAGAUUACAUCCCAUGCCUUAAUGGGGUAUUGUCCACUGGUUAAGUUAAAAGUAAAACUAAUAAAUGAUCAAAUGUGCUGAUCUGUCUUUUCACUUGCAGUUGUAGUGACUCAUUUACUACUUGCUUGAGAAGCUCCCCCCCACUCCCCGUGCCUCAGUGAUUUUUGGAUUAUAUGCCAGAAAUGUUUGUAAUUUUGGGAAAAUGUUAUGGCCAAUGGGCAACUGGGUUUCUGCAGAUUAACGAGGGCCCAUUUGUCAGCUGAGCUGCUGAAUUAUAGCUACCUCCAUCGAGAAUGUGAGCCCAGGGCAGCUUCUGUGGCCUCUGCUAAGCCAUGGUGACCCGAGCCAGACUGUGACCAACAGCAGCACAGCUGGAUCAGGAGAUGCCUGUCCCUGAUGCUUCCAGCUCUGGGCUCUUGUCCUCUGCUUUAUAGGACACCCCCCCUCAGUUAAAUCAAUCUGGCUGCAUGACUGCAUUCUAAAGUACACUGUGAAAUGGAUCCCAUUAAAAAUGGCUCUAACGCCAUCAUUCUGGGAAAGGUUUCUUUAAAAAAUGGGUCAUUUACAAACCUGGUUCAGAAUAUGGCUGUAGCUUGAGACUGUCUCCAUGAAGAUUUAAAAUAGCUGUGUUAAUAUCCACUUUAAAUGGCUAUUUGGAUUAAUAUUCUUGAGUUUCCAAUGAACACAAGUUGAAUUAUGCUGUGAAGAAAAUUAAUUCAUUUCCACUGGCAGUAAGGAAUAAUUUCUUAUGCAGAAUUUCUGCCUCUUACUUUGACUGGAUUUCUAGACAUUCCAAUUUAGGUUCUUGAUGAGUUGAGAAUAAAAGAUUUCCCUAUUCUAAUCUGAAAGAUUAAUUACAGAACAAAGACUGUCUAUGAAGAAAAAUGUUAUUCCUCUCCCUUUACCCAUGGUGAGAGAAAGUAAUUAGUUAGGCAUCUAAUCAAACUCCAAAUAGGAUUUGUACAGUAGGUUAAACCACCUCUGCCCUUGCUGGCACCUUGCUGUUCUGGGUGCUGGCAAGAGCUCUGGUUUAAUUCCAGCAAUCCAGGAACCUAACAAGAUACUCUGCCUGUGACAGCAAUCUGAAGUAUUGGAAAGCAUGAUCCAGAGGAACAUGGGACUUCACAACAGCUGACAAAAUUGUGCUCCAAAAGCUGCAAGUGUAGCAGUGCAUGCAGGAAUCGCCUUGCUGUGGACUCAGCAGGGUGGUGACUCUCACAAAGGGCUCAACCAACCCAAGUUUUUACUGCUUUGUUUGGAUAUGCUUUGUUGGGAUAUCGAGCCAAUCCUGAUGAUGAGGUAUGUAUCUCAGUGUUAACAGAAAGCAGCUUGGGAGAAAAGGAUCUGGGGUCUUGGUGGAUACGAGGCUGAACCUGAGCCAGCAACAUGCCCUUGCCACAGGGAAGGUGAAUAUUAUCCUAGGCUGCACUAGGCAGUGUUGCCUGCAGCUUGAGAGAGAGAUCCUCCCACUUCAUUCAGUGCUGGUGAGGCCACACCUGGAACACUGUCCAGAACCAUGUUCCUUGGUACAAGAGAGACAUGGAUACACUGGAAAGAGGCUGCAAAGGGCUGCAAAGAUGAAGAGGCUGGAGCACCUCUGCUGUAAGGAAAGGCUGAACAAGCUGGGACUGUUCAGCCUGGAGAAGGCUCAGGGGGAUCUUGUCAGGACAUACAGAUACCUGGAGAGUGCAGAAAGGACAGCCUCUUCCCAGCAGCGCCACUGACAGAGUCAGAGGCAAUGAGCACAAAGUGAAACACAGGAGGUUACCUCCAAAACACCUUUUCACUCUGAGGGUAACUGAACACUGGCACAGGCUGCCCAGAGAGGUUUGAAGCAUCCAUAAAGACCAUAGAGUCCAACUGUGCUCCUCACAGGAAUAUGUAAAACUAAACCAUAUAACAAAGAGUAUCGCUGAGAUGCUUGUUGAACUCUGACAGGGUUGGUGCUGUGACCAUUUCAGUGGGGAACCUGUUCAGUGACUAACCACCCUCUGAGAGAACUUCUUCCUAGCAUCAGAUCUGAACUUCACCUCACACAGCUUCAUUCUGAUUUGUCAUGUCCUAUCCGUGGUCAGCAGAGAGAGGAGCCUCUAUCCUUGGAGACACUCAAAAUCCAUCCAGAUUCACUCCUGGGUACCCUGGUUUAGGUGGCUCUGAUUGAGCACAGAGGUUUGACCAGAUACCUCCAGAGGCUCCUUCCAACUCCAACUGUUCUGCGAUUCUAUGACUUACGAUGUUGUUGACUGACCAACCUACAGGUUCAGGCUAAAAAAACCCCCUCUGCAACAGGAUGGAUGUAUUUAAUAUAUAAAGAACUUCACUGUAUCAUGUCUGUUGGCCCAUUUUUGUUGUUUGACUCGGUUCCCUCAUGGCUACUCCCUCGGGGAGUUUGCCCAUCGAAGUGUCCAACCAAAUCCUUACUCCAACACUUUCCACACAACACGCCACCUCUGUCCGCCGGCCUCUGAGGAUCCUCACCUCAGCGAGGCGCGAUGCGGCCACGCGCCCUGCCCUGAGGGGAGGGGCCGCCCGCAGGAGGCGCGGGGAUGGCGGCUCGGUGUGGCGCCAGGGGCCGGGCUGGCGCACCCCGCCGCCCCACGCUCCGCGGGCAGCGGGCUCCGGGGCCAGGGGCUCCGGCUCCCGCCCUCACGGCCACCGCCCCCGGCGGGGCGGGCCCAGGCCCGCCCGACGCGUUUCGAACGGGCCAACGGGCGGCGCGGGGGGCCGGGCGAGCGCAGGCCCCGCCCGGAACUUUAAAGCGCCAUUUUGUGCUGGGCGCAGGACAUCGAUCGCUGUUCACACCCGGCGGGCGCCCGGCGGCGGCCGGAGCCUGCCUUCGGCACUGCCUCCGCUCUGCCUCCGCUCUGCCUUCUCGGCGUCUGUCCCGCCACCCCGUCCCGCUGCCUCCAUGACCCGCAGUAGGAAGCAGGCGGCGCUGGAGAGAGGAGCCGGGAAGAUGAACACAGAGGCGGGGAGCGCCGCGGCGGCGGCCGCGGGAGCCCGGGCAGCGACGGCGGCGGCAGCAGGGGCAGGGGCAGCCGGCGGCGAACCGGCGGCCGCCGCCUGGGGGCUGGAGGGGGAGGCGGAGAAAGUUGUGUACUCGCGCUCGCAGGUCUCCUUCGCCGGCACCAAGGCGCUGGGCGACGCCCUCAAGCUCUUCAUGCCCAAGUCCACGGAGUUCAUGAGCUCCGAUUCGGAGCUGUGGAACUUCCUCUGCAGCCUCAAGCACGAGUUCUCCCCGGUCAUCCUCCGCAGCAAGGACGUCUACGGAUACUCCUCCUGCCGCGCCGUCGUCCCCGACCCGCCGCCGCCCUCGGAGCGGCCCCGCCGCCGCGCCGGCAAGCGGCGCCUCCCGGCCGCCGACGCCAAGCGCCGGGCCGGGGCGGCGGGCGGCAGCGCCAAGCGGCGGCGGCGGAGGCGGCGCCGCAGGAGGGAGCGGGGCAGGCAGCGGCCCGCGGCCGGUGGCCCCCGCACCCAGGAGGAGGCGGCGGCGGCGGAGGCGCCGGAGCCGCCGGGCGAGCAGGCGGACAGCGAGCAGGGCAGCCCGGCGGCGGCCGCCUGGGAGCCGUUGGGCGGCAAGUCGCUGGAGGAGAUCUGGAAGGCGGCCACCCCCCGCCUCACCACGUUCCCCACCAUCCGUGUGCGGGGCAGCAUGUGGAGCCGGCGGAGCCUGGCGGCGGCGCGGCGCCGAGCGCAGCGGAUCCUCGGCGUGGACCUGUCUCCCGUGGUGCGGGUGCGCCGCUUCCCCGUGGCACUGUCCUGAGCCUGCGGGGGCUCCGCUCCCCGCGCCUCACCUUGGCCGCGGUGCGGACAAAGAGACCGGUAUCAGUCACCUGUUUACAUUGCUUUUGUCUGGAUCGUGUUCUGCUGCUGCACUUUAUGGCCCGCUCGGGCGGCGCCGGGCCCCCCGCCGCACGGGGGGCGGUCUGCCGGGCCCCGGCCUCGCCCCGGGGUGGGACUGCCUGGCAGGUAUCACGCGUGGGGACCAAGUUCCACUUCCACUUUUUUUUCUCUCCCAUUGGGCUACCUCACUGGUCCAGAAGUCCACCCAAGAAGUUAUUUUCCAAAGGAACUUACUUUCAUGCUUGUAUAAUAAAGCACCAUCUGAUUCUUGCUUUUUUUUUUUUUCCCUUUCCCCCUUCCCAUUUUCCGAUGGAUUAUGUAUGCUUUGUGGUGUUGCACUAGUAUGUGCUCAGGGUAUUUUGAAUCCCAAGCAUUCCCAAGUUUCAGUUUACUCUGAUAAAGGAUGCGUAAAGAAUGGAGGUUCAGGACUUGUGGCUGUUCUUGAUGGUGCAAAAACUUUUUAAAUUUUAAUUUCAUGAGCUUAGUGAUAUAUAAAGAUGUAUCGCGCAGUAUAAUUGUUACACUUUUGUAUCUAAAGUCAUUUUUAAAGUUUUCUAGUUGAACUAAGUAUUUGUUUCUAUGGAGCACCUAAAGAUAGAAUCAUCCUGAUAUUUUAUAACCCUGUUUACUUUAGGGAAGCUCAUUUGGUCAACCUAAGUGAACUUAAUAAAAGUCAAAGAACAAAUGGUGUUUAAAUUCAAUGAAUUGAAGGGGUGGGUUCCUGGUGAAGUACACCACCACUGAGAUGCUCUUUUGUCAGUGAGCUCUGGCUUUGAGAAGAAUGUAACUGCUUAUCAAAGCAAUGUAUAGGUGUCUGGAGGUGAACUAUGAUCCAGCGUUGGUGCUGACAGUAAGUAGCUUUCAUGACACAAAUAUCACACUGAAGUGCCUCUCUCUGCAAAAAGAGUAAGACUUUAUAUCUGGUCACUCAAUAACAAACUAGCACUUGAUCUCCUGUGGUUGUGAGAUGUGGUUAAUGAUGGAUAAUCGUGUUUAAUAUAAUUACUUGCACAUAAUUAUUUUUAUAAACCUUUCGUGGGUUCCACAAUAGACUGAUGAAAAUUUCAUGAUGUAGCUUGAUUAUUUUGACUGAAAAAUAACAUGUACUCAUUCUGUAUGAUAGGCAGUCUCUCUUUAACUGAUUUAUUAAAGGUUUUUUUAGCUCUUA